AUGGCGUGCCACCUACAUGGUCAUGAAACCGCCUUUUAUGUUGGAAAGUUUGGGGUCUUCUACCUGUCCGCCUGGCUACUCUCUCUGAUAGUCUUCCGUACCCCUCUGCCUCACCGUCUAGUUGGUAUCCCAGCAUCUACUCCUAUUGAAUUCAAUCAUAAACUUGCUUUCUUAGAGUUUGAUAAACAUCUUAAUCACAACUCUGAGUUGGAUAAAGAACUAAGUGAUAGCACCAAGUAUCAAAGAUUGGUUGGAAGAUUAUUAUACCUAACUAUGACAAGACCUGAUAUUGUGUUUGUGGUGCAAGUACUAAGUCAAUUUAUGCACUCACCUAAUCAAUCACCUAUGGAAGCUGCACUUAGAGUAGCGAGAUACAUAAAAGGUACAGCAGGACUUAGGUUGUUUAUGCCUAGCAGCAGGUGUUCCAAUCUAGUAGCAUUUUGUGACUCUGACUGGGGCUCAUAUGUGGAGACCAGAAAAUCAGUCACUGGUUAUAUUGUUAAGUUUGGAGAUGCAGUGAUCUCUUAG